AAAGAAUUUGGAUAAGGAUCCACUAUUUUUUUUCCUUCUUUCUUUCUUCCUCAUCCCGUGUGCUUCUGCUCUUCCCGACCCCCCCUGCAGCCGAACAAGGAGCAAGCAAGCCGACAGCCAUGCCUUGAGGAAACCGGUAGGAAGCUUGGUAUUUUCCCCUUCCUUUCUUGUUCUAGAACCCAUAUAGAACCUAUAAAUCUCUCCCCCUCUGCUGAAAUUCCAGAUCUGCUCGGUUUCUCUCCCUCCCCUGUCCGUGAGCUGCAGCUGGUGAUGCGAAAUUCUGGGCUUUUUUCGGUAAGAACAACCAUGAUUUCAUCCUUUUAGCUUUGAUUUAAGUUGGAUUACUCUAAGUUCCUCUUGUUCCUUCAAUUUUGGGUGGUUCCCGUGAGUCCCCUGCAGCUUGCUGCUGGCUUCUUCUCCCCUGCCAGGUCCGGUUCUGCUGGCUGGAAAAUUAUGGUUCCUGAUCGUUCUGUCAAUUUAGCACUGAGAUCGAGUCUUCGGUUUUAUGUGAGUGAGGUAAGUAAAUUUAUGGUAAUGCCCGUACAGUUUUUAAAAGCAUGUUUUGACUUGUUUUUGAAGUGGUGGCGGAACUAAACCUAUUUUAUACAAAAGUAAGUAUGACUGAUUUGAAGUGAAAUUUUAUGCUUUUCAUUAAAUUGAGCAUGCAUACUUGAAAUUUAAUUGAUUGUCCCGAUGAUUUGAAAGUGAUUGGUGAAUUAUGAUUUUUCUGUUAACUUCUGCCUGUUUUGUCUCCGAUGUGGUGAUAUUAUUAAUGAUCCUGCUAGUGGGGGUUAAACGCUAGCACAUGUCGACAUGUUAUUGAUAGAACCGGUUCGUUCGAGUGACCGUGCUAGUGGGGGUUAUACAUUAGCAAAUAGUGUAGCCUGCCAGUGGGAGGUUUAUAACACUGGCCAUGAUCUAUAGAGGAGACGUCUAUUUCAUUCUCGUAUUGUAUCCGUUUUUCGUGCUUAUAUUUGUUGGCUUGCUAUAAGUUUAAUUAAGGGCUAUCCAUAUUUUAUUUAUUGAAUUUAUCUCAUAGUUUUUCCUUAUCCACCAUUUAAGGAAGCGAAACCGAGGAUGAGAAACCACGGGAAGUGACAAGUUAGAAGGCUAGCCAUUUCGAAAUUGAUAUAGAUUUUAGAUAUAGAUCAUGAUCUUGUAAACUAGAUUUUAAUUGGAGAUUUUAUAAUUUCAUUGAAUGGAUUGUUAGUUACAAUGGAUUUUACCUUGAGAUUUUGAGCUUAAGUGUUGGACAUAUAAUUAAUUUGAAAUAUCUGA